CGGAACUAUGGAGAUGAAUCUCAUGCAUUAUUGUUCCCUUUUCCCUUUGUUUAUUUUCAUUUGUUUCCUCUGCAAAUUGAUAUUCUCAUCAUCAUCUCCCAAAGAUACAAGAACCUCACCACCAUCACCACCAAAGCUUCCAAUAGUAGGGCAUUUACUCCAACUUGGCUCCCACCCUCAUCGCUACUUCCACCAAUUAUCCAACAAGUAUGGCCCCCUCAUGCUGCUUCACUUCGGCUCCGUCCCGGUUCUCGUCGCUUCCUCCCCCACUGCCGCUAGUGAGAUCAUGAAAGACCACGACUUGAUCUUCUCCGACCGCCCCAAAUCCAGCAUUACCGACCGCCUCUUCUACGGCUCCAAGGACGUCGCCUUUGCCCCCUACGGCGAGUAUUGGCGACAAGUACGAAGCAUUUGUGUGCUCCAUCUUCUCAGCAACAAGAGGGUGCAGUCAUUUCGCAACGUUAGAGAAGAGGAAACGCAAUUGAUGGUCCAAAAGAUCAAACAAUCGUGUGGUUCUUUGGUAAAUUUGAGUGAUAUUCUAAUGUGGUUUUCCAAUAAUAUAAUAUGCAGGGUGGCGUUAGGGAGGAAAUACAGUGAUGAUGAAAAUGGGAAAAAGGAUAUGAAUCCUUUGAUAGGGGAAGUUUAUAAAAUGCUGGGAAUGUUUGAUAUAGGGGAUUAUAUCCCAUGGCUUGCAUGGGUGAAUAGAAUCAAUGGUUUUGAUGGUAGGGUGAAGAAAUUGGCUAAAGAAUUGGAUGAAUUCUUUGAGGCUGUAAUUGAAGAGCACUCCCUUGUGAAUAAAAAAGAGGAAGAUGGCUUAGAUUUGGUUGACAUUUUGCUUCAAAUACAGAGAGAAAAUACGAUCGGCUUCCCCAUCCAUAGAGAUUCUGUCAAAGCUCUAAUCUUGGAUAUGUUUGCAGCGGGAACUCACACAAUCUACACAGUUCUUGAGUGGACAAUGGCAGAAUUGAUAAAAAAUCCCAAAACCAUGGAGAAAUUACAAAAUGAGGUCAUAACAAAAUUCAAAACUAAUGAAGACUUAGAAACCAUGCAAUACUUGAAAGCCGUCAUAAAGGAAAGUCUUCGUCUUCAUAUUCCUGUGCCAUUGCUAGCUCCUCGCAAGGCAUCCCAAGAUGUGAAAGUGAUGGGCUUCAAUGUGAAAACCGGUACCCAAGUGCUUGUCAAUAGUUGGGCAAUCGGGAGGGAUCCAAAAAUAUGGGAAAAUCCAGAAGAAUUUAAACCAGAGAGAUUCUUGAAUUCGAAUGUGGAUUAUAAGGGAAUGCAUUUUGAAUUGAUUCCAUUUGGAGCUGGUCGAAGGGGUUGUCCUGGUGUGGCCUUUGGGGUUAUUGUGCUCGAGCUUGCAAUUGCUACACUCUUAUGUGAGUUUGAUUUUGCAUUGGGAAAAGAAGAAUUGGAUAUGCGUGAAUCAAUUGGUUUGACAUGUCACAAGGAAGUUCCUCUCUUUGUAAUUGCUACUCCAAGGGUUGGCUAGACCAGAGUAUGUAUUUGCCCUAGCAGCUAGUACAAAAAAAAAAGUUGUCCUGUUAUAAUAAUAUCUACAUCUACAAUAUACAAUAUUAGACGCAUAACGGAUUAAAAAAUAUUGGUGUAAUUGUUUGUUGAAAUUGAUGGAUUAUAUUAUUUUAA